AUGCAUUUCAAAUGCGUUUACAAAUUCUGUAAUUCUCUUGUAUCAGAAUCAGAUUUCGUGGAUAUACAUCAAUGCCGCUCUAUGAUCCGUACAGGUGGAAAAAAGUUGUUUGCUUGGCAAGACAAGGAUUUUUACACUAUAGAGGGAAAGGAAGAAGGAAAUGCCUCCCGUCUUCGUAUUGAGAAUUUUAGUGAAAGUCUUCUCUACAACCAUAUAAUGUGCACUAAUGGUUUGUUUUGCUGCUCGAAGAAAUAUGAGGAGUGUGUUGCAAUUUGCAAUCCUAGUACAAAAGUUGUAAGAUAUCUUCCCCGCCUCAAAGAGUUUGCUAAAAUAGAUUACCCUGGGUAUUACUAUUCAAUGGGUUUUGAUCCACAAGAGAAGACGUAUAAAGUUUUGAUGACAGUGUCCACAAGAAAUUGGGUUUUUACCUUAGGUACAGACAAAUCAUGGAGAGAGAUUAAAGGUAUUAUUGAUUUUGCUGUUACACGUAACAAUGCAGUUUACAUUAGUGGAGUUAUCUAUAUGUUGAGUUAUGCCGAGGGGAACGCAUUCAUAGUAGCCUUUGAUGUUAAAAAUGAAAAUUUCAGAAUUAUCACGUUGUGGAAUUCGUCAUAUCACAGAGCGUAUUUUUAUAACACAAGAAAAGUGAAUGGAAAAUUAGCAAUCCUUGAUAUGAAAAAUCAGACUCAAAACGAAGGAUGGGAGAAGCAUAUCAUUCGAAUUCCCCUAGAGAGGACAAGAUUUUGUAACUAUUGCGAUGGAGAGAUUUUAUUCACCAAGACGAUCAAGUCACGUCAAUUCAUCCGUUUGUGCUACGAUGACACGGAAAAGAGAUGGAGAGAGUUUAUAAUCAAAGGGCUCCCAGAAGUGGGUUUGGUCAAUGGCGUUUAUAGUUAUGCUGAAAGCCUCUUCCUAGUUGAAAAGAUAUGCAAUAGUAGUUGA